AUGGCUAGCCAUAUUAUUGGAAAUAGAAACAGCACCCCCGAAGCCUCGAAAUCCUCGCUCCGACCUCCAUCAUCCCGCGCUCUUGGUGGUGGUUCCCAUCAGUUGCGUGCCUCCGCAGACAUGUCAUCGUUUGCUUCUCCUCUCUCUGCCAGGGGGAUUCGCCCUUCCUCCGAAGUCUUCUACAAUCAGCAAACGCAUGCUCAGAACAGCGAUGACAUAGACAAAGCUGCCCUGCAGUGGAUUGCUGAUAUUGACCAGUAUGAGACUACCUUGGAGGAGAUGGCUGCCGCCACCUUGGAUCAGGAUUUCAAAGAUGAACUGAGCGCUAUUGAACAAUGGUUCUGUGUUCUCAGUGAAGCUGAGAGAACCGCUGCUCUUUAUGCUCUGCUCCAGCAAACUACUCAAGUCCAGAUCCGCUUUUUCAUACAGGUUCUUCAGCAGAUGUCCAAGAGCCACCCCAUGUCUAGCGUCCUGUCCCCUGCUAACUUUGGUGAAAAAGAUCCUAUGAACAACCGCCUCACCGAUGCAAUGUCAAAAUUGAACCGCAACUCAGCGCUAGAUUCAUCAACAAUCAAUGCCAUGUUUCCAGAUGCUGCUGCAGCCAUCGCGAAACAGAAGGCUGAGUUUACACAGCAGACUGGAACCGUUCCUGCCUCGAAUCGAAAUAGUGCUGCUUUUGCGGACCGUUCCUCCCUGAUCGCGCCGACCAUCUCUGCUCCGGAUAGCGGCAAAGACAAUUUAGCUCAACAGCCGACAUCUCCUUGGGCUCAACGUGCACCCGAGCCUCAGCCUCCCAUUGCUCGACCAAAAUCAUCUUCCGAACAACAGCAUCAGCAGCCCAUGGGCCAAUUCGCUCAACCGCCUCAGUCGGCAGGGCUGCGUUCCCCCCGGCCUUUGGGUCAAGGCUCAUCUAAUAUCCAGAACACCACAAUUGCUGCUCCGGAUUUUCCAUCAGAGCUUCCAUUACUUUCUCCCUACAACAUGGGAAAUGCUAGCUGGGCAUCAAUGACAAACACCCCGAGCGUGCCGACAUUUAAUCACCAACAAAAUGCCUCACAGCAUUCGGAAAUGAUUGCCAAUGCCACUGCGAUGAAGCUGGCCGCUAUGUCUACCGUCAAUAAUCGUAUUGCACUGGACGAUGCACGAAAAUAUCGUCGUGCGCGGUCUAAUGAUGUGCAAGGCAAAAAUGUAAAUACUAACCAGCAGCCUCUUUCUCCUGGACUUCAUAACAACAAUAUCCCAGGAACAAAUCUCAUCAUGGUGAAUGAUGUUGGUCAGAUUUUGAAUGCUCAACAAAUUGCGGCGUUACAGGCUCAGCAGCAAGCUGCUAUGGCUGGUCGUCGAUCUCGACCUAACUCCCCAGGGAUUGCAAUGCAAGGAGCCAUGGGACACCUGAGUUUUGCUUCCCCCCAGAACAACGGAUUCCUCGCGGCCUACGAUACGAGUUCAUUAUUGAAUAACAGCUUUGCUGGGCUCAAUCUUGGCCAUUUCACUGGUAACCAUGAGGGGUAUCUUUCUGACUAUUCUGAGAUGACACGAGGUCGAUCUCCGCGCGGGAGACGAGGAAGCUCCAAGCCACCAGAAGAUCCAACUGAUCCUCAUCUACUCCAAGAUGUCCCCAGCUGGCUUAGAUCUCUUCGUCUUCACAAGUAUACCGAAAACCUUAAGGAUCUUAAGUGGACUGAGUUAAUCGAAUUAGAUGACAAAGGACUAGAAGAGCGUGGUGUUUUUGAGCAAGUCAAAGACGCCAAAGCAGAAGGAAAGUUGGAUUCCGUUCUUUAA